AGACCGUUCUUAAGCAUUCCGCCAUCGGACUAACCCGCCAUCGGACUAUCCCGCCGUUGGCGUUGUCAAAGGCCGUUCACGAGCAGCUGCACCCCACACUUGCGGUUCAACCAAUCACCGCACCUCGCUAAACCCUUCACCCCAAAGUGUCGAAUCUUCACUGCGGCAUUCUCUCCGCCUAGCCCUUCAAACAUCAAGCGAAAUGCCUGCGCCACAGAAAUCCAGAGUUACUGGUAUCAGAAAUGCCAAGGGCAAGCCCUCGAGAUCGAAGGUCGCGAAAGAGCAGCAGCCCAAAGUCGUUGAAGAAAAGAGCCUGGAAACGCGGAUCCCGCCAGAGACACAGCAGCUCAUUUUGAACAUCUUCAGGAAUUCGUUCAAAGAAAUAUUGGAAAGCGAUAUCCAGCCAUUACUACAGGAAGUCAAAGGUCAUCUGUUUGAUCGCAACUUUAGCGAGGCCUUUGGGAGAGAAGAUUAUCUUGAGGCGUACGCUGCACGAUGGAGUUCAAGUCGAGCAUUGGGGUAUCUGGGAGUGCUGUGGCGCAUGAGAGAGUCACUAGACCUAGUUCAGACCACAAAGGAAGACGAUGAAGUCGGAGAGGCUUCGCAAAAGAGCUGGAAAGUGAUAUGUCUUGGGGGCGGCGCAGGUGCAGAGAUUGGCACGCUCGGCGCUCUCCACAGGCUACUGUCAGAUGAGCAAGAGGAACGCGGAGAAGGGCAGCCGAAAAACUUCGAAGUAGUUGCUAUCGAUAGUGCAGCCUGGGGCAAUGUUGUCGACCAGCUUGCGACGCAGAUUACGAUCCCACCCCCGCUGUCGAAGUAUGCAUCCGCUGCUGUCCAAGCUGCAAACCGCCCGCUUGCCGACCCGUCUGCAUUCAAAACAGCCUUCCACCAGCACGAUGUUCUGAAGAUGGAUACCAAGACCCUCUCCGCUGCUCUCGACGGCGCGAACCUAGUCACCUUGAUGUUCACAUUGAACGAGCUUUAUUCGGCCUCCAUAUCCCUGACCCAGCAAUUCCUUCUGCGGAUGACCGAGACUCUUGCCCCUGGAGCUAUGUUGCUUGUUGUUGAUAGUCCCGGGAGCUACUCAACUGUCAGUCUCAAUGGCGCUGAUAAGAACUACCCAAUGCAAUGGCUGCUAGACCAUACAUUGUUAGCAGAUACCUCGGGUGGGAAAGCGAAAGAGGAGGUCAGACUAUGGGAGAAGGUCCAGGAAGACGAUAGCCGGUGGUUCAGGCUGGAUGACCGAUUGGAGUACCCGAUCGAGUUGGAGAAUAUGCGGAUGCAAUUGCAUCUGUACCGCCGACUUUGAUUCGCCAAGUCAUUAGAAAUCCUGCGUUCGAGGCCACUGCGCAUUGGGUAUAGAGUCAACGUGUUACAAGCUGUGGUUCUCAGUCGUAUAAUCUGGGGGACACCCAUCGUCCAGGAUGGCUAGUGGUGGCCCUCCAAGGGAUAGGACAGCACACGGGUGGUAGACCCGUCCUUUGAUCUACAAAGAAGCGGUCAACUCAGCGACGAUGGAGUGUCGCCAGUCUCGCUUGGCUUUGAACAAGAGUUUGG